UUGUUAGUGUUUCUGAUCAGUUUGGUUUGGAUGAGUUCUCUCCAUCAGGACGUUAGUAAACUGGUGGAAUGCUGUGAUCAGGGUCAGAGGUCGGGCUGAGGGAACGAGUCUCACUUCCUGUUGAGCGUGUGAGGAAACUGGUUAGAAUCAUCAGAUCUUCUGUUUACGACAGCAUCACCUCGAGAAACAGGAAGUGCAGAGCACUUCUCUCCGAGGAAGACGAGGUGGGCUCACAGGGUGUCGGUCGAGAUCAGGGUCUCGUGAUGGUGGUGGUGGUGGUGGUCUGUGCUGAGGCUCUGCAGGUGACGAAGGUGAAGAAGGUGAAGCUGGGUCAGAACGUGACGUUGACCUGCUCUGAGAGCGGUUCAUACCCUCACUGGAGCAUGGAGAUCUACAGUCAGCUGAACUGCUGCAUCGGUCAAGCCAUGAACGAUGUGGACGUUUCAUUCAGCUGCCACAGCUUCAAGUCCAAGUUCUCUCUGCACAACAACUCUCUGACCAUCUCCAACGUCAGCGCUGACGACUGCAGACGAUACUUCUGCUCCAGGAAGACCAGCGGCAGCUUCGUUGACAUCAACACCUUCCUCCUUGUCUCAGAUGUUGUAUCCACGACGUCCUGCAACAUGUCUGAAGCACGAUGGCCGAACAGUCCCGUCAUGUACGCAUCUCUCAGCCUGAACAUCGUCUUCAUAGUUACGAUGAGUGUGAUUGGCUCGUGGCUUUGUUUGAAGAACAGAUUGUGGGUGAAUGACCGUUCACCUGUCGCUCACACGCCAGAGACACCACAGUAUGAGGAGAUCCAGUUUUACUCGUCCUCAGUUCUUCCACCUGCUGCUCCAGAGUGUGUUUACUACAAAGCUCAGCUUCCUGCUCCACACUGACCGUCUGUACCUGGUCUGUAGCUGGUCUGUAGCUGUACUCACCUGGUCUGCUCACCUGUCUUAUUUAUAUUAAAAGAUUUUCUAUUGAAGAGAUUUUCUGUUCCACUUCCUCAGGUGACGAUUUUUCAUGAAAACCUUUAUUUUAUAUCUGGCUCCUGGUAAAGAAGAAAACAACGGGGGAGAAUCUUUGUAAAUGAUCAUUUAUAAUUUAAUAGAUUGUUUCAAACUAAAUGGGUAAUUAUUAGGGUUGAGCCGAAUACUGGGAUGAAACGAGUAUCCGGUACGGAUAAUGAACUUUUACGAGCACGAGUACCACUCCGAGUAAAAUGUGUCAAUAUCCGUACUCGUGAUGAAUGAAAAAGUUCACUGCUGCUGCACCAACAGCAGCGCCACACAACACGAUGUUGUCACAGCCGCUCUGUCCACAGGGAUACUGACGCACACACACCACAUAAUUAACAUUGUGUUUUACCUUGUGUAGAAAUAAAAAAUACAUCACCCCCCAAAAAAAAUCCCUGUGAUCAUUCAAACACACAAACA